AUGGGUGGAUGUGUCUGGCUGGACAGUGCGAGUGCCAAGGAUCCUCAGAGCCAUAUGUCGAUGAUGAGCCGCGCGUCGUUCACUCUCACCUAUGAUAUGCACGCACACCUAGCAGUGUGCGAACAAAACAGCGAUGCGUCCGUCCAGUCCGUGGAGCUAAAGACAGACAGCACCCUGUGGGACUGGAUGAGCGAAGUGCAGUGCGGCCUGCAAAAUGCGACUGUUCUUCCUUCCCAAUCCAGUCCUGUGCCUGAAGUGGGCGGAAGCACUUGUGCCCUCCAAGCUGGAUUCGUGGGAUAUUGGGGCUAUGAAAUGAAGGACGAAAGUCUGGACCUUGGCCCCCUGGACGCGAACCGGUAUGAACAGGCAGUCCCGGGCGCACCCUUUGAUCGGAUGGCACUUCCUGCUGCGCAGUGGGGUUUCUGCAACACGGUCUUGAUCUUUGACCACCAUACACAGACCUGGACGGCGUCGGCAUUGGUGCGUCGCGACAGUAAUGUGGAACUGCAUCCCGCUUUGGCGACACUCGAGCGCAGCCUUGAGCAGCUGGGUAGCUCGAGCUCCAUUGGUGUCUCGCGAGAUGACGCAAACGCGUGGUUUGACCAAGUGCAGCGUACUCUGGAAGAAGUGUGUGCUAUCCCAGCCGGUACAAAGCCGCCUGCCACUGGCCUUGCGCCAGUGCGUGCAGUUGACAAUCGUGACACCUACAUGGACAAGAUCCGCCAGGCCAAGGAUUACAUCGGGAAGGGCGAGAGCUACGAACUGUGCCUUACCACGCAGUUUGAGGGAACGCUGCCUCUGGAUACGCAUAAUUACGACGCCUACUUUGAUUUGUACACAAGACUCCGCACCAAAAAUCCCGCGCCGUUUUGCGCUUACUUGGAGCUUCUGCCUCUGGAUCAGAAGACGCCUCAGGCAAUUCUCUCGACGAGCCCUGAGCGUUUCCUCACCAUCACUCGCGAGGGGCAUUUGGAAAUGCGGCCGAUCAAAGGUACGCUGGUCCGCCCUGGCUGGGGCAAAGGCGAGGAAGAUUGGUUGGCCCGUGCGGGGACGGAGCCGGCGAUGCAACAGCACGUCCAGGCCGAGGAUGAGCGCCGUAUGGCCAAGUUGCGUGCGGAUCCCAAAGAGCGUGCUGAGAAUCUUAUGAUUGCGGAUCUCAUUCGCGCUGAUUUACAGGCGGUCUGCUACCCUGGCUCGGUGCAGGUGCCCCGGCUAAUUGCGCUCGAGACCUACGAAACAGUGCACCAACUCGUGACAGCGGUGACAGCAUGA